UGGUGAUGUUAAUUCCGAGUAUGAACCAUUCAAAUGCUGACAAAAUGAAACGUAAUAGUUCACACAAAACAAUUUUUUUUUCAUUCAGAUAUGCUAUUAGGUGUCGUUACAUUUCUUAAUGUAGACUUAACUACAGUAUUUUGUCCCUAUUUUGUCCCUUCCUGUGUGACACAUUUGACUUGUUAAGCAAGAAAUGUUUGGACACUUCUGCAUUUGUAUCUCAGUUAAACUCUCAUGUUUUGAGAUGGCAAGAAUCCAGAUCAAUUUCUGCAUCAUCAUCAUCAUCAGCUUUGUGUUAACACAUACUCACUCAGCUGAUGGUGAUGUUUACUCAGCUGUACUUCCACACACAGUAACAGCUCUGACAGACUCUUGUGUGCUGAUACCCUGCACAUUCAAUAUCAGUACAUUUGAGGAAAAAUUACAAAAGACUAAACAGAUUUAUUGGAUUUGGCUGAAAAAGACACCACUCUUUGGGAAAGACGAGAGUUCAGUUGUGUUUAACAGCAGUAAAAACAUCAUUCAAGGAUUCAGACACAUAGAGAUGAUUGGAAACCUCACUGAGAGAAACUGCAGCACUGUCUUCUAUAACAUCAUGAUGAAUCAUUCAGACCCGUAUUACUUCAGAAUAGAAAUGGAGCCAAAUGUGUUCAGAGCAACAUUUAACACCAAUAAACAAGAUUCAAGGAAGACUGUGAGGAUCAAUGUCACAGAUUCACCACAGCCUCCUGAGCUUAAAUUCAGUCCAAAUGUGUCUAAAUCUGUGAUGGAGGGCACUGCAGUGAAUCUGAUCUGCUCUGCUGAAGCUCCCUGCCCCAAACAACCUCCUACAUUAUCCUGGACUAACAUCCCCAAAUCUGCCAACAUUAUAACACAAUUACAGGAGAAACCUGAUAAAACUCAUUCAGUGUUUUCCUCAAUGACCUUCAAUGCUUCAUACAUGGAUCACAGGAUGAACAUCUCCUGCACUGUAACAUAUCCAAGAAACAUCUCCAAUAACAUAACGGUGAACAGCACAGUAAUGCUGCGAGUUUCAUUUCCUCCAAAAGAGACUCACAUCAUUAUUAAACCAUCUGCUUCAGUCACUGUGGGCACUAAUGUAACUUUCACCUGCAAAAGCAAAGGAAAUCCAUCAAGUAACAUGACGUACACCUGGUACAAACGUGGACAGGAGACACCUUUAGCACAGGAAAAGAAGAUGAGCUUCAUUGUAACUCAUAAUAAUACAGGAUGGUAUUUCUGCACAGCACUGAAUAAACAUGGCAACCAAUCAUCAGAAGAGAUUGAACUGUUAAUCUCAGGAUCCUUAAAUGCUGCGAUGUAUGGCUGUAUAGGAGGACUUUUGGCUUUGCUUGUGAUUUCUGCAGUAUUUUAUUAUAUGAGGACAAAGACAUUGAGUCAGACAAAUACCAGAAAAAAAGAUCAGACCGAAGAUAAAAGCAAAGAGCUGGAUAUCUAUUCUAACAAAACUAUUGAGAUCAACAUGAAGAGUGAAAUAUCUGAGAAAGAAACUGAUGAGGUCCAUUAUGGAGAGAUUGACUUCUCCACACCACACAUCGAUCACAUAAACAAGAUAAACCCAGAGACAGAGUAUGCUGAGAUUCAGAGAAAGACACAAAUCAACAGUGUUCAGAAACAAGAGGAACUCUACGCUCAAAUCAAGAUAAACUGAAUGAAUGAACUCUUUAACAUUUAUUAUAUUUCACAGACAUUCUUAUAUGUUGGCUUAUAUAACUGCAGUGAUAGCUGCCCAAUGCUCAAUGUGUGAGUGUAAAUCCAGAGGUCAAAUUCUAAGUAUGGGUUACCAUUCAUUGGUCAUUACAUCACUUUUUACUUUCACCAUAUAAAAUAUUUGAAUACCUUAUGUCUGUGAGUCUUUGCUAAAGAUUUGAAAUGUUUACAGAUUAUUACCAAGAAAAGGAUUAGGCAGACUCAUAGGAAAAAUAGGAAAUAGGCCAUAGCUAUUUGAUCAUCCACAUUUAAAAAGCACUGUUUUAUAUAUGAAGACUAACCCUAAUGUACAGUUCUCUUAAAAGUGUAAGGCACUGCUUUUGGUUCUUCCGCUAUGAGGACAUUUUUGCGAGCAUUGGGUUAUCAUCAUCAUAGCCUGUGUUAUAUUUAGAUGUUGCAAAGAAGGCCUUGGUAAAGAUUGUGUGAUAAACUGAACGCUUCACCAUAAACCAUUUGAAUAUGAAGGAUUUCAGAGAAAUAAAAUUCAUUUUGUUGUGGGAGAUGUUAUUCCUGUUUUUGGUUACACUGCUUGUUUUAUGUCUGAGGACAGUCUUGUGUUAUAUAGCACAAAUGUAUGAUAUUACAUUGAAGUGUCAAUGUUAGUAACCCCAUCAUAAUGUAUAGGAACACAGAAUGUUGCCUAAAUUUCACACUGUGGUUGCACAUAGUGAUGAAGUGUAGUGUAAUGCUGCCAUUUGUUGGUAUUGUUAAGACAUUUUGCCCUUAAUAAGAAUCCAGAUCAGUUUCUUUAUCAUCAUCAGCUCUGUUUUGCUCACCCACAUUGACCAAUCCUUUUUGUUCAUUUUGAAGAAAACUAUAGUAAAGAUAUCAUUAUGGUUAUAAGUGUAGAUGACUCAUACACCCUUAUAUUUUUCUAAUGAUUAUUGUCAUGUACUCUUGCUUGUACUCUUUAAUUCAUUUCUGUUUCUUUUAAAAAGUGUGAAACUUUCACUUUUGCCACUGUAUCUUCCUGUGUGAGUUUGGUGACCUUUGGUUUAUUGAAGUCUCUCAUCUUUAGAUUAAGUUGCAGAAAUGAGGAAGCUUUUAGACAUUUAUGCACUUGGGUUUAAACUGAAGAUACUGUACAGAGGUAAGCAUUAUCUAUUCUCCGUUAAUAUAUCUUGAACUAUAGCGAUAAUCAUUCAUUUUUUAAUGUUUUUUUUUUUGUUUAUUUUAGCUGCUAACUAUACAGUUUUAUUCACUUCAAUUCAGGUUUAUUUGUAAAGCACUUUUUACAGUUACACCAUUGCAAAGCACCUUUGUAUGUAAAAUAUCAGAUCAGAAAAUUAAAAAAUCUGGUUUAUAUUCUGGAGCAGGCGUUGUCUGAAGUCCUUGGCCUUACGAAAAUUAAACAUGUUUUUUUGUGUAGUAAAAGUGUAGCAACCUUUUUUUUUUGUGUAUUGAUAUUAGCAAAACUAUGGUUUUGCUACUGUAACCAGUAACUAUGGUUUUUGAAAAACCAUAUGGUUUUGUCAAAACCAUUGUUAUUUUGUGGUAACCAUGGUUUUACUACAGUAACCAUGGUUAAUUUUAAUAAGUGCAAGGCCGCAAGGCUAUUUCUCUGUACAGCCGGUUUUAUACUUUGCACUCUGUACAUUUUUAAAGUAACAUUUAAUAGGUUCAAGAAAAAAUGGCUUUGCAGUUCUUUUUUCAACUUGCACCAUCAAAAUGAAUAAAAUGAAAUAUUGCUUUUAAACUUUCAUUUUUAAUUUUCAAGAGUACUUUUACAAAUGGAUAAUUGUCUCUGAGUUCCCACCUCUUUAUUUUUUCUCAGUUUAUUUUUGAACUAGAGUUUGAGUAUGUGCAAUGCCACACCCCUGCGUGUUUCCCUAAA